CCACAGCGCCAUUGGGAACAAAGCAAAACAUGACGACAUUUUGCGUCACUUUCCGGCCGCAGUAUGCUUCGGAUGCUGAUGCUGAGGGAGCAUCUCUGAGAGGAGCGGUGGUAUUAUCUCCCAACAUCAUCAUCAAGGCUUUAUGUUUUCCGGCAUGUUCUGUCGCCUGUUAACGCAGCGCUGCUUGGAGCUGUGUCUGGGCGGUCUGCUGCUCUUCCUGGCCGGGCUGCAGCAGGUGGAGGCAGCCGCCGCCGCUGCAGAGAUGAGCAACUUGAACUGGAAGCCCUUCAUCUACGGAGGGAUGGCCUCGAUUGUCGCAGAAUUCGGCACUUUCCCCAUCGAUCUGACAAAGACGCGGCUACAGGUCCAGGGCCAGUCCCAGUAUACAGAGGUCCGCUACAGAGGCAUGUUUCACGCCCUCUUCAAGAUCGGCAAAGAGGAGGGCAUUCGGGCGCUUUACUCGGGGAUCUCACCUGCGCUCCUCAGACAAGCUUCUUACGGCACAAUCAAGAUCGGGACGUAUAACUCUCUCAAGAGGUUUUUCGUCACUCAUCCAGAAGAUGAGACUAUGGUCAUCAAUGUCUUCUGCGGCGUUGUCUCAGGUGUCCUGUCGUCAUCGCUGGCCAACCCCACUGAUGUCCUGAAGAUCCGAAUGCAGGCACAGGGCAGCCUCCUUCAAGGCAGCAUGAUGUCCAAUUUCAUCAACAUCUACCAGACAGAAGGCACCAAAGGCCUGUGGAGAGGUGUCAUCCCCACAGCGCAGCGGGCCGCCAUCGUCGUCGGGGUGGAGCUACCCGUUUAUGACAUCACAAAGAAACACCUCCUCCGAUCCGGCGCCAUGGGAGACACAAUUUUAACACAUUUUAUUUCAAGUUUCACAUGCGGCCUGGCAGGGGCGCUGGCCUCCAACCCCGUGGACGUGGUUCGCACCCGGAUGAUGAACCAGCGAGUGCUGUCAGGCGGUCCCAUGUACAAAGGCACUCUGGAUGGAGUGAUGCAGACAUGGAGGAACGAGGGAUUCUUUGCUCUCUAUAAGGGCUUCUGGCCUAACUGGCUGCGACUGGGUCCUUGGAACAUCAUUUUUUUCAUCACCUUCGAGCAGCUGAAGAAACUCCCGUUAAACUAGAAAGGAGAAGUGAGACAGCACUGAUCUGUCAGGACUGUGUCGGGCCAGGAAGCGCAGUGGUGACACAGCAGAAGCAGAAGAAGCACUGGGAAAGUGCUGGCACCAGUAUAUUCACACUCCUUUACCAGCAAUGUAUCACCUGCAUCCAAAAUUCACAUUGUUUUCCUUUUCUUUGCUGUGUUCUUUUUAUUUAUUGUGACUGACCUUUGUUUUCACACAGUUGUGAGCACUGGAACCAGGCAGCUACUUUGUAGGUUAGAAGAACUGUAAAUUAGAUGAGUGGAACCUCAACUUCAGGCAAAAAGCCUCCAUUUCUGCGGAAAGAGGGAAGCACCUCAUAUUAAAAGCUGACUGUGAGAAGGCAGCUCAUCAACACUCCAAAUGUAUCCACAGAUCUUUGGAACAAUAAGGUGCCAAGCAGUUACACUAGAGUCUUUAAACUAGUGCACCUCGGUUUUCACCGGUGUGCUGUUCUAAAAGGUCAAGCAAAACCAAAGCAAUUUUUUUUAAUAGAAAAAGGAUCCACUGACUUUUAAGUCAUAAAUAUAUAUAUAUAUAUAUAUAUAUA